AUGACCACGACACCACCCCUCGCGACGGGUGCCAACCCUCCGAUUCCCGCCGAACAGCUCGCCGCACUUACAUCGCUGCUGUCGGGUCUCACCGCUGCCGCUUCCGGCACUGCCACACCCGCCACGACGUCCGGCACCACUCGCACUGCCUUUCCAAAGCACGCACGCUUGGAUGGUGCGAAGACCUUCGCGAACUGGACACGCCAACUUCGCCUGUGCCUAGCGGACGACAUCCGCUCGUACGUCCUCGACGGUAUCGCACCCGACGACUGGACACCUUCGCAACGCUCCGCUCGCGACGCCGUCGCUCGUGAGGUCCUUGCGAAUUCGAUUGACUCGGCCGAAGUCUCGGCAGUCCUCGACAAAAUCCCUACCGCCGACCUGACAGCGCCGACAAUCUACUCGACGCUGAAAUCGCGGUACGCCCCUGACGACGCCACCCGCACGCUCGAGCUCUUCUCACGACUCUGGGGUUUCCGUCCCAUGCCCGGCACGGUUGCCGAAUUCGACGGGUGGAUCAUGGACUUCAAAGCCGUUGCGCAAGAGAUCAUCGACACAAAGACAACUAUCAAUGAUGUUCUCGCCACACUCCUCCUUGCAAUCGCCCACCCGUCCCUCGAGAGCUUCAAGGCGUCGUUCACCGAUGAACAGCGCACGCAACGAACUCUCCCCGACAUUGAUUCGCUUGCCGACCGUAUGCGAGUCCAACUUCGGUCAACGAACAUCCCCAGCACUCAAUCGGCCCUUCUUGCCUCGUCGUCGUCACGUUCUACUCGUCUCAAGUGUCUCGCCUGUCGCAGCCCUUCGCACCGAGUCGCGGAGUGCCCUACGAGGGCGCAACACCCGCCGCCAGGACCCUGUCGCUCCUGCAAGAAGAAGGAUCACUGGUCUCUCGACUGCAAGAAGGCGCUCGAGGACGGCAAAAAGCCCGACACCGCUGACUCGACCGUCGACUCGCAACACCAUGUCGGAUGUCUCGCCACCGGUCUUCUCGCUCGUCGUCGCCAGCUUCGCAACCACUCUUUUGUCGUCGACUCGGGCGCCACUUCGCACAUGGUCUCGGACAAGUCGCUGUUCACGACCUAUCGCCAUAUCGCUCCUACGAAGAUUGGUGGUAUUGCAGUGUGAAGAGUCCACUCUCAGCUCGACAGGGGCGCCUCGGUCGUUGCGCGCACUUGCUAGCCCGCCCCCGGCGGUGGGGACUUAGACGCGCGCGACUGCCUCAGCGCGCCAGCGCCGGCGGAUUCAUGCGCGCGCCCGCUAGCCCGCCCCCUUGCGGUGGGGACUUAGGCGCGCCGGCGAUUUCACCCGCGGCUGACUUAGGGAUGUACAUUGUCACGCGCCUGGGACUAUCCCAGCGUGGCCCCCCCCUUUCUGUUUCUUAGCUUCCUUCUCAUCACUUCUGUUCGACUCUCAACCUCUCCUGACAGUAGUGGUGAACGUCUCAUAGGUACGCUGAAAUAGAUCACUUCUGUUCGACUCUCAACCUCUCCUGACAGUAGUGGUGAACGUCUCAUAGGUUAUAAGCCCACGAGCCACCAGCUGGCAUGACCACGACACCACCCCUCGCGACGGGUGCCAACCCUCCGAUUCCCGCCGAACAGCUCGCCGCACUUACAUCGCUGCUGUCGGGUCUCACCGCUGCCGCUUCCGGCACUGCCACACCCGCCACGACGUCCGGCACCACUCGCACUGCCUUUCCAAAGCACGCACGCUUGGAUGGUGCGAAGACCUUCGCGAACUGGACACGCCAACUUCGCCUGUGCCUAGCGGACGACAUCCGCUCGUACGUCCUCGACGGUAUCGCACCCGACGACUGGACACCUUCGCAACGCUCCGCUCGCGACGCCGUCGCUCGUGAGGUCCUUGCGAAUUCGAUUGACUCGGCCGAAGUCUCGGCAGUCCUCGACAAAAUCCCUACCGCCGACCUGACAGCGCCGACAAUCUACUCGACGCUGAAAUCGCGGUACGCCCCUGACGACGCCACCCGCACGCUCGAGCUCUUCUCACGACUCUGGGGUUUCCGUCCCAUGCCCGGCACGGUUGCCGAAUUCGACGGGUGGAUCAUGGACUUCAAAGCCGUUGCGCAAGAGAUCAUCGACACAAAGACAACUAUCAAUGAUGUUCUCGCCACACUCCUCCUUGCAAUCGCCCACCCGUCCCUCGAGAGCUUCAAGGCGUCGUUCACCGAUGAACAGCGCACGCAACGAACUCUCCCCGACAUUGAUUCGCUUGCCGACCGUAUGCGAGUCCAACUUCGGUCAACGAACAUCCCCAGCACUCAAUCGGCCCUUCUUGCCUCGUCGUCGUCACGUUCUACUCGUCUCAAGUGUCUCGCCUGUCGCAGCCCUUCGCACCGAGUCGCGGAGUGCCCUACGAGGGCGCAACACCCGCCGCCAGGACCCUGUCGCUCCUGCAAGAAGAAGGAUCACUGGUCUCUCGACUGCAAGAAGGCGCUCGAGGACGGCAAAAAGCCCGACACCGCUGACUCGACCGUCGACUCGCAACACCAUGUCGGAUGUCUCGCCACCGGUCUUCUCGCUCGUCGUCGCCAGCUUCGCAACCACUCUUUUGUCGUCGACUCGGGCGCCACUUCGCACAUGGUCUCGGACAAGUCGCUGUUCACGACCUAUCGCCAUAUCGCUCCUACGAAGAUUGGUGGUAUUGCAGGGGGCAUCAACGCCAUCGGAACGGGAAACAUCGCCUUCAUUGCCGCCUCGGGUCAUCCGAUCACGCUUACCGGCGUGCUGCACACUCCGGGCCUGUUUGUCAAUCUUCUCUCGGUCUCUCGACUUUGCGACACCGACGAUGUCCGUGUCGCCUUCACAAAACACGGCAUCCACAUUGACAAGGACGGCAACGACAUCGCUGAAGGCGCACGACUCGACGAAGGGCUCUACUUGCUGGACGCUGAUCAUUCCAAAUGUCAGCACCUUGCUCUCCUUUCUCGCUCACAGUCGUCCGUGCCCCUGCUGACUCUCCAUCGCUGCCUCGGCCAUCUCGCACCGUCCUCCAUACAGAAGAUGGUUGCCGCUGGUUUGCUGGAGGGUCUCAGGGCCGGAUAUAGUGACGAAGAGGUAGAGAAGUUUGUCUGCAAUGCUUGCCUCAGCGCAAAGGGCCAUCGUCUUCCCUUUCCCGAUUCGGAUUCGCACUCCUCAGAGAGACUCGGCCUUGUACACAGCGAUGUGCUUUCCUUCCCCGAGCGGUCCUUGACUGGCAAACGUUACCUGGUCACAUUCCUUGACGAUUACUCGCGCAAACUCUGGGCCUACGCAAUCGGACACAAAAGCGAAGUCUUCGGCAUAUUCAAAACUUGGCUAGCCGAGGUUGAACUCGAGACGGGUGCGACGCUGAAGGUCCUCCGAACCGACAACGGUGGCGAAUACUGUUCGAGAGCGUUCACAGAGUUCUGCAAGACACGAGGCACCCGUCGACAAUACUCUAUCCCACGCACGCCUCAACAGAACGGUCGUGCAGAGCGGGUCAAUCGUUCCAUUGUCGAAGGCGUCCUUGCCCUCCUUGUCGACGCCCACCUACCCAAGACAUUCUGGGAGGAGGCUGCAGCUUAUUUCGUUUACUGCAAGAACCUGUGUCAACACGCGGCCCUGGACAAGGCAACACCAAACUCCGUCUGGCAGGGUGACCACACCACUGCCUCGGCGCUUCACCCGUUCGGCUGUACAGCUUGGCUUACGGUCGCGCCCGAACUUCGCUCCAAACUCGACCCGAAGGCGGUUCGCGUUUUUUUCACCGGCUACGACCUGGCUUCAAAAGCCUUUCGCUUCUACGACACUACAACACAGAAGAUUAUACUUGGCAGAAAUGCCACGUUCCUCGACACUGAAUUCCCCGGAUUACAUGGCGACCCCACUGAGCAAGACGGCGACACGCACUUCGCCAGCGCUCCCACCACCGAAUCUCAAACCGUUGUCAAGACAUGGACCCCACUAGUAAGGUCGGCGCACAUGGACGUCUCAUCCCCCCUUGAUGAUUCUGCCAUGAGCGCCGUUGACGUGGCCCCAGGGUACACUGGCGGAACCUUACUUAACUUCACAGAUGCCGAAUCGUCCUCGUCACCGUCGCCUGCGUCGCCCUCAUCACCGUCGUCUGCGCCAUCGCCUGCACUUUCACCAUCGUCGGCUGCGUCAUCGUCACCCUCGGCCUUACCGACCGACUCUGAAGACUCCGCCGAUCCCCUCGACCUCCUCGGCUCACAGCCCCAGGUUCGCCUCGAUCUACAGGACGUGCACCACCCAGACUUCAGCACGUACCGCGAGCCCGCAUCGGCUGAGGAGUCGCCCGACGAACUCGACCUCAUUGGGCGCCACUCUCGCGACGAAUCUCCGGACGAAAUCGAUUUCCUCACCCGACACCACCGCGCCUUCAUCGCCAUCGACGACGACACCUCUGACACAGAGGCAAUUCAGCCAGUCAAGUCCAUCACGAGCGACCCACAGACCUGGCGCGAGGCGAUGUCUAGCGACAAGCGUGAAGUAUGGGCCAAAGCCGCCACCGACGAGUUCACCUCCAUGCGCGACGACUUCAAGGUCUUCACCAUCGAGGACCGAGCCACGGUGCCCGCGGGUGCGACUAUCGUUACAUCCAAGUUCGUCUGGAAAACGAAACGGAACGCACUCGGCGAAGUCACUGGACACAAGGCAAGGCUGGUCGCGCAAGGCAAUCGGCAACGCGACGGCAUCGACUUCAACGAAACGUUCGCACCGGUCGCACGCUUCUCCUCGAUACGCUCACUCCUCGCGCUGGCGGCCGCCAACGGCUUGCACGUGCACCAGGCGGACAUCGACAAAGCAUAUCUGCAUGGCGACCUUGACCACGACAUCUGGAUGACGGCACCGCGCGGCUUCGACCUUCCCAGCGACAAGGUGCUUCGCCUGCGACGCUCCAUCUACGGGCUCAAACAGGCUGGCCGAAUCUGGAAUCGACACAUCGACGCUUCGCUUCGGGCCCUCGGUUACACGGCGACGGGCACCGACCACUGCGUAUACUCUUGGCUCGAUGAUCGUCAAUGUCCACACUACAUCGCACUGUACGUCGACGACCUCCUGAUGAUCAGCCCGGAACUGGCCGAAAUCGAACGUGUCAUCUCAGGCCUGGACCAACGCUACGGAGUCAAGCGCCUCGGCCCGGCCGAGUAUAUCCUCGGCAUCCAGAUCAGGCGGUUCGACGACGGCUCUAUCGCCCUAUCCCAGGAACGGUACAUCAUGGACGUGCUCGCUCGGUUCCACUUCGACACCACGACUCGCGGCACUACAGUUCCGAUGACUCCCGGCCUUUCGCUCACUGCUAUCCCGGGUCAAGGCACCGAACGGAUCAGGUCAUGGUAUCUGCAGGCUAUCGGCUCGCUCCUCUACAUUUCGCUCGGUACCCGCCCUGACAUCGCCUUCGCCGUGUCCUACCUGGCCCGCUUCGCCAACAACCCCGGUCGUCGUCAUUGGAUUGCGGUCAAGCACAUCCUACGCUAUCUCCGGGCCACGUAUCGCAACGAACUCGUGUAUGCUCGCGGCCAGGCUCGCAUCACGGGUGUGGUAGGCUACUCCGACGCGAACUGGGGGGCCUGCAUCGACACAUCGGUGUCCACCAUGGGCUACGUCUUCUACAUCGCUGGCUCGGCCGUGUCCUGGUCGUCCAAACGCCAGUCUCGAGUUGCCGAUUCGACCACCGACGCUGAAUACCUCGCCCUCUCGCAUGCUGGCAAGGAAGGGAUUUACCUCAGUCAGCUGCUCGAAGAGCUCCAUGUACAACCUGUUGCACCGGCUCACAUCUUUACUGACAACGAAGCCGCUGCUGCAGUUGCUCACGAUCCUGUCCGCGUCUCUGGCACUCGGCACAUACGCUUGCGUGAGCACUUCGUUCGGGACAUGGUGAAUCGGGGCGACAUCUCUCUCUCGCAUGUGGGUACCAGCGACAUGGUGGCCGACAUCUUCACCAAGGCUCUCGGCCCAAAGGUCUUCUCAACGCACUGCUACGCCCUCGGCCUUCGCACUCGACACCCGCGGCUUGGGUCUGCCUCGCAUUCGCGUGGGGGGGGGUGUGAAGAGUCCACUCUCAGCUCGACAGGGGCGCCUCGGUCGUUGCGCGCACUUGCUAGCCCGCCCCCGGCGGUGGGGACUUAGACGCGCGCGACUGCCUCAGCGCGCCAGCGCCGGCGGAUUCAUGCGCGCGCCCGCUAGCCCGCCCCCUUGCGGUGGGGACUUAGGCGCGCCGGCGAUUUCACCCGCGGCUGACUUAGGGAUGUACAUUGUCACGCGCCUGGGACUAUCCCAGCGUGGCCCCCCCUUUCUGUUUCUUAGCUUCCUUCUCAUCACUUCUGUUCGACUCUCAACCUCUCCUGACAGUAGUGGUGAACGUCUCAUAGGUACGCUGAAAUAGAUCACUUCUGUUCGACUCUCAACCUCUCCUGACAGUAGUGGUGAACGUCUCAUAUGCAGGGGGCAUCAACGCCAUCGGAACGGGAAACAUCGCCUUCAUUGCCGCCUCGGGUCAUCCGAUCACGCUUACCGGCGUGCUGCACACUCCGGGCCUGUUUGUCAAUCUUCUCUCGGUCUCUCGACUUUGCGACACCGACGAUGUCCGUGUCGCCUUCACAAAACACGGCAUCCACAUUGACAAGGACGGCAACGACAUCGCUGAAGGCGCACGACUCGACGAAGGGCUCUACUUGCUGGACGCUGAUCAUUCCAAAUGUCAGCACCUUGCUCUCCUUUCUCGCUCACAGUCGUCCGUGCCCCUGCUGACUCUCCAUCGCUGCCUCGGCCAUCUCGCACCGUCCUCCAUACAGAAGAUGGUUGCCGCUGGUUUGCUGGAGGGUCUCAGGGCCGGAUAUAGUGACGAAGAGGUAGAGAAGUUUGUCUGCAAUGCUUGCCUCAGCGCAAAGGGCCAUCGUCUUCCCUUUCCCGAUUCGGAUUCGCACUCCUCAGAGUGUGAGGAAUCCACUCUCCGCUCGGCUCAGGACUUAGGCGCGCGGAGCGAACCGGGCGCGGACUUAGGCGCGCGGAGUGAGCCGGGCGCCCCGGCCCAGGACUUAGGCGCGCGAAGCGAGCCUGGGACUUAG